AUGGACAAGCGACGUCUCUUGACGGAAAAGGAGGAUAGUGGUCUCUUGGCGGAGCUGUUGAGGCGCCACGGGCCACUUACCUUCGAGUCGCCUCAAGAAUCGCAGAUAGGAAAUGAGGAGGAGGAGAGUGGUGUCUUGGCGGAGCUGGUGAGGCGCCAGCAACAAGUUGUAAAAGCCCCCAUCAUAGCCGCCGUCAUGGAUCCGCCCAGCCCACUUGUCGAGGUGCCUCAAGGCGCGAAUGAGAGCACUGGCCAGGUGCUGUUGAGGCGCCAGGGAAAGCUUGAGGAGCUCGCCAUGGCGCCUUGCAUGUAUCAGCGUCGGCUGCCUGCGAAUCCCCAGGAGCCCGUGCUGUCUCCGUCCCAGUCACAUGCUCAAGUCCCUGCUCUGGAACGAGCCGUGGCAGAGCUGUAUCAAGAAGAGCAACGGCAGCGGCGGCAGCAGCGGCGGCAGGAGCAAGUGGCAGUAGGGAGCUGGAUUGCACGUGCUUUGAGCGCCUCCGGAACAGACAGUAUGGCGGUAGCAGGCGUUAAUGGUGAUAAUCUCACUACUAGUACUGAAAGAUUUGCAGCGAGCAGAGUUAAGAGUAUGGUGGCAACAGGCUUUGGUGAUAACAACACCAUUGAUCGAUAUUCAGCAGCAUCGGCCUCUCUCGUGCGACAGCAACAAGUGGCGAUCAGAAGCUGGGUGGCACAGGCUGAGCUGGCAGGGCUGACUCUGCCGCCCGAUUUAAUAAGAGAAUCUGCACAUGCCGCCCUUUUCGCACAGGUGCAGAUACAAAUGGAGGAGCAAGGGGGGAUGGGACAUUCUUCUGUGCAUGAGAGUCUUGAGUAUCCUCAUGGGCACGCUGAGGUGGAGAAAUCAUCUCUGCCUUUCCCGAAGCAGCUGGAGAAGGGUGGAUGCUUAGGAGCAAGCCAGGAGGAGGGGGGGAUGCUGGAGGGAAUGAUGAUGCUUGAAGCUUUGAUGCUGCAGGAUGGGGGGAUGCAGGAGGGAGGGAUGAUGUGGGGUGGAGGGACUGAGGGAGCGAUGAUGCAGGAGGGAGGGAUGAUGCAAAGCUGUUGUUUUGAGGCGUCUUUAAGGAGCACAGUACAUGAGCGACAAGGGAGCAACAGCAUGGACCCGGCAUUGCCAGGCGGCCUUACCGGGCCAGCCAGCGCCUGCCUUAACUCACACGACGAGGCACCUUUUGCAGCCUCCCCAGCAUCACGCCUUGCUGCUGCAACUGCUGCUGCUGCUGCCUGUCCGCUCCCUGCUUUCUUCACGCGAAACGGUCCUGGUGUUUGCUGCACGCCUGCCUGUGCUGAUGCUUGCUGUUCACCUGCUGCCACUCCUGGUGAUUGUCAUGAGGAGGAGGGUGAAAGGGGUCACGCCGUGACAGUGCAAGAGCUUCCUGCCACGUGGACGCCCCUGAUUGGUUCGGAGAAAGAGCUGCAGUGGUCGAAAGCGAGGGGAGUAGCGGACGAGAGGGAAGUGAUUAAGGCAGAGUGGGCGGGGAGAAAGGAAGAGACGGGAGUGAAAGAGGCAAAGCGGAAGGAGGUCGGGUGGGAAGGGGAGGACUGGCGACCGCGCAUUCGAGCGCGAUUGGAUGGGCAGGCGGUGGGGCUGGGGUGCAUACAGGCCAGGAGCAUGAAGGAGAGGCACCACCGUGAUCGCAUCAGGAGAGGUCUGGAGAAGCUUCGUAGGGUGCUACCCGCAUCUCUCACAAGAGCACAACUCGAUACAGCCACAAUGGUGGAGUCUGCCCUCUCUCACAUACGAGACCUACAGGUCGAAAUUGAAUUAUUGGAGAACGCAAACGACCCUUUCAGUCGCCUGAAAUAUGGCUCGAAGAUCGAAACACCAAGCAAGAUCUGCAGCAGAGGAGGAAGCAUGUGGCCCAGCAAUACCGUAGAAUCUCCAAAAAGAUGGCCCUCAAGGUCUGCUGAUAUCUUGUAUAUGGCAUCGCAAGAUUCACCUGAAUUCGUCUUGUGA